AUUUCAUUUCCACGCCAACCAUCGUGCGCCGCGGUCUGAACGCUCCUGCCACAGAAAAAGAAAAUAAAAGCAAGGAAAAUUCUAAUCGAAUACCAAAUAUCGUGCUUGUGUGCUCUUUCCGCAAUUGAUUUUUUUUAAGUAGUGCAUGACAAUAACCGUUGAGUUGACUCCAACCGAAGUAACCAUAACUGGAAGCUGACAACAGCCAUUGGCCGGAAUCUCAUCUCACACCGAGCGAAAUACGGCGACGCCAGCGUUUAUUUAUUAAAAACGAUUACAUUACAACAAACACCAAAGUCCUGGACAACCGAAGAGAGUGUGGGAGAAAAUCGAAGCAGAGAGCAAGGAGGAGCGCCGUGAGAGCGCGCGCGCAAGGAUUUGAGAUUGCAAAGAGAACUUAGCAAUUAGUUCGCUUUGUUUGUCCAGCCAAACAACAACAACAACCAACCAGCUCCCCAAAACCAACUACACACAUACUCGCUCCCUAAACUAAAACAAUGGACUUUAUUAUGGCAAAUACCGGAGCUGGCGGCGGAGUAGACACACAGGCACAGCUAAUGCAGAGUGCCGCUGCAGCCGCAGCAGUGGCGGCAACAAACGCGGCCGCCGCUCCCGUACAGAAUGCAGCCGCCGUGGCGGCCGCCGCCCAGCUGCAGCAGCAACAGGUGCAACAGGCAAUCCUGCAGGUGCAGCAGCAGCAGACACAGCAAGCGGUGGCCGCGGCCGCUGCCGCAGUGACCCAGCAGCUCCAACAGCAACAGCAGGCUGUCGUGGCCCAACAGGCUGUAGUGCAGCAGCAACAACAGCAGGCGGCGGCAGUGGUGCAACAGGCGGCGGUCCAACAGGCUGUGGUGCCCCAGCCGCAGCAGGCGCAGCCCAAUACGAAUGGCAAUGCAGGAUCGGGAUCGCAAAAUGGCAGCAACGGCAGCACGGAGACGCGCACAAACCUUAUUGUCAACUACUUGCCGCAAACAAUGACCGAAGACGAGAUCCGUUCGCUCUUCUCCAGCGUCGGCGAGAUUGAGUCGGUGAAGCUGAUACGCGACAAGUCGCAGGUCUACAUCGAUCCUCUCAAUCCGCAGGCGCCCAGCAAGGGCCAAAGUCUGGGCUACGGCUUUGUUAACUAUGUCCGGCCGCAAGAUGCCGAGCAGGCUGUUAAUGUUCUAAACGGCCUGCGACUGCAGAACAAAACCAUAAAGGUGUCGUUUGCCCGCCCGUCGUCCGAUGCCAUUAAAGGCGCCAACCUUUAUGUGUCGGGGCUGCCAAAGACGAUGACCCAGCAGGAACUGGAGGCCAUCUUCGCACCAUUCGGAGCAAUAAUCACAUCGCGCAUUCUGCAGAACGCUGGCAACGAUACGCAGACGAAAGGAGUAGGCUUUAUUCGAUUCGAUAAGCGGGAGGAGGCCACAAGGGCUAUCAUUGCCUUGAACGGUACUACACCAUCCAGCUGCACAGACCCCAUAGUGGUAAAAUUCUCCAAUACGCCCGGCAGCACCAGUAAGAUCAUCCAGCCGCAGCUGCCCGCUUUCCUCAAUCCCCAACUGGUGCGACGCAUCGGGGGCGCCAUGCACACGCCAGUUAACAAGGGUCUGGCCCGGUUUUCACCAAUGGCGGGCGACAUGCUGGACGUAAUGCUGCCCAAUGGACUAGGAGCGGCGGCGGCGGCGGCCACAACGCUGGCCAGUGGGCCUGGCGGCGCGUAUCCCAUUUUCAUCUACAACUUGGCGCCGGAAACGGAGGAGGCUGCCCUGUGGCAGCUGUUUGGUCCAUUUGGAGCUGUGCAAUCGGUAAAGAUUGUCAAGGAUCCCACAACGAAUCAGUGCAAGGGCUACGGCUUCGUUUCGAUGACCAACUACGAUGAGGCGGCCAUGGCCAUUCGGGCGCUCAACGGCUACACCAUGGGCAAUCGGGUGCUGCAGGUCAGCUUCAAGACCAACAAAGCCAAGUAGAGCGGCCCAAAUGGAAGUGGACAAGGACGCAGCGGGAGCACCAGCAACCACAACCCAUUAUCUUGAAUCUAAACCUGACCACACAACACACAUAUAUAAAUAUGCAUGGUAUAACGGUAACUAAGCGCAACAAAACAGUAUGUGUACAACACACAAGAAAAAAACAAGAAAGUAGCAGGCAGGAGAAAAUACUCUUUCCACUAAACGACAACGAAACGGCGGAAAUCCCCCUAAAAACACAAAUCUCCUCCCCAAAACCGCCGGCCAAAAGCGUUGCAAUAGAAAAAUUCUUCUUGUUUAGCAUUUAAGUAAAAAACCUUAACUAAACGAAGCGAGCAGAAGAAGUUAUAAGAUCGGGAGAAGCGAAUAGGUAGGGGGUUGAGAAAGAACAAUGAGAUUUUAAGAAAUAAUAUUGCAAAAUGAAAACACACUGUGGCAGUGGCAGCUGUGAAAGGUCAAAGGUUGGCACAGUCGAUCUAGUCACAAAGCAAAACAAAGAAAUCAACCAAACAAACACAAAACACACAAAAACGAAAACAAAUUUAACUUUAUUAGCAAAAAAGAAAAUGAGAAAUUUUAAAAAUUUAUUAACUUUAAGUAAAACGCAGCAAUGAAAUCUUCCAAACAAAAGAAAGCAAAACAGCAAAUCUGUUUGUUACACUUCAACUUUUUCUACCAUAAAAACUUUGAAUCUUGAUACUAAACCUAAAGCAGAAUUAAGAAAAUAGAGGAAUUCAGUGUCUACACUUUAUACAUGUACUGUGCUUACAGGACACCAGUUUGGCUUGAUCAAAGAGCGCAGGAUAAAAAGUAUUUAAGGGGCAAUUAGGAGGAUCGCGCAUAUAAUAGGUAUAUAUGCAUAACAUGGAGGCUGCUACAGUAUUACAAGAAACAUAAAAAUUAAAACUAUAUACUUAAUAAACGAGCACGUUUAAUAAUUCUAAAAAUAUGUGUAUAUUCAUAUGUAUAUGCGAUAAUUCUAUGUUUGCCUAGAUAUACAACUAAAUAUAGAAAUUUAAAGUGUUUUUUAUGUUUUGUAUUUGUUUUCUACACUAAGAAAACGAAACGAAUUCCGAUUGAAUCAAGCCAAACUCAUGUCCCUUAAGCACAAGCAAACUCAGUGAAAACUGAAGAAAAACAUAGAAAUCAUAAAAAAAUGAUUGACAGAAAGCUAGCGACGUGAAAAAAAAAGUAAUACAAUAAUUUAUGCGCAAAUUUAAAAUGUUUUACUGAAGUAAAUAAUUGUUAGUGAAUAUUGAUACUGUAAAUGUGCGCGUGUGCGCACAGGUGCCUGCAGAUAUAUAGUCCGCUAUAUAACGACGCAUGCUGGCGUAGGCACACCUUAUAUACUUUAUAUAAUGUAUAGUUCAAGGAGCAAGUAAGCAUAAACAAAAAAACACUUGCUAAACCAAAACAAUUUUAGCGUUAAAAACCAAGCGUAGCACAAAAAAUUACUACAAAACCAAACAGUAGAGCAACAGCAACCAUUUUUUAUAUAACACAAAAAAGUAAAAUGAAAACAAGUGAAAAGGAAAAUACUCACGAAGGAUGCAAACAAAAGUAUAGCAAAGAGGUUUUUCUAGCUAAGUGAGGUGCUAGAGGACAAAGAAAGCGGCUACGUAUUGACAAGGAUUAAUCCGCAUCCUGCUUAUAUAAGACCCUACAAACCCGUGUCCAAACCUACAACUUUCGUGGAUCUUUUGCGUUACUUUAUCAGUUGAUCUUCUGUAUAUUUCUUUGCUUCUAUGGAUAGUUGAAGCGAGAGAGCAAGACACAGCACACACACAAACAUCAGCAUAUAUAAUUUCGAUUCUGGACUAUAUAUUCCGUAUUUGAAUUUGGUUUUGUUUGAUUUCUUUGUUUGCUUUGUACACAAAUCGAAUUUAAUAAUAAGCUUUUGCAUCCAGCCCAUAAAACCAGUCAGACCCAACCAUGCAUAUUUAUACAAAUGAUUUGUGUUUGAUUUCUUUAUAGAGUUUACCUUAGGAAACCCGACCCAACCCUUUUUGAGUUCACUCUCCAAAUAGCAUAAAUUCUUGACCUAAGUUUCAACAAACAUUGAACAGAAUCCAAAAAGAAAAAUAGGAAUUUAUUUUACUUUUAUUAUUAUUACGUCACCUAGCGCUAUGUGUAAUCACGCGUAUGUAUAUUACCAUAUAUAUAUAUAUAUAUUUUUUUUUAUAAUUAUAGGGUAAAAAAUAUUUUUUGUUUGAACAAAAUUCGCAACAAGAACUCUAGUCAGAAGAUGGAAAACAAGAAUAUUAUUAUGAUGAGGCAGCCGCAUAUAAGGAGGAAUAGUAGAUCAAAACCAAAAGAACUAUGGCAAUUUCUAGCUAAUAAAAUGAUUGAAUGAUUGAUAGAAGCCGCCUGCUCUUCCCUUUCCAAAGAUUUACCCACUUAAAACCUCUAAGCAAAAGAUAAGCGAGGCGAACGGAAAGCGUCAAAGGAGAUUUCCAGAUGAAAAUGCAAUACAUUAUACACAAUCAACUAGUUUAUUUAUAUAACAUACCCACAUAAGAACACACUGUGGGACAGGAGAACAGAAUAAAAUCUUGUGAAAGCUAGGAAUGUACUUGAUUUUGUUUAGUUCGUAUUUCUGUCAUCACAUAUUUUUACACGCAACACAGACACAAUUCUUAAUUUAAUUAAUUUAAUGUAUACUUAUUUUUUUUGUCACCGAUGAUCAAAUUAAUUGUAUUAAUUAUAAUUAUUGUGCAAUAGUUUUAAAAUGCAACUGAAGGCAAAACACAACAACAAAUUUUCAAGUAUCUCAAAUUAUAAUUUCAUUAGGCGAGGAAAACGAGAAAUGAAAUAUUUGAUCUUAUGAAACAUAAUUGUAUGAUUACUCUAUACACACCGCAAAACAAGAAAGAAAUGCAAGCCCAGCAACAAGAACAAAAUUUAAAAAUAUAUAUACAACAAUUAUUUUUUAAGCGAAAUUGUAUAUGUAUCACAUGCAUAUACAUAUUAAUAUCUCAUAUUUUUUCUUUACCAAUUUACCUAUUAAGUAAGCAAAGAGCCAAGAAAACAAACGAAAACGAAACAAAAAAGAUUAUUUAUUGUAUUUUAUAAUUACGUAAUUUUAUUUAAUUCAAUUUGAAUUAUAUAUUCCCUUGAUUUGAACAAAGCUACAAGAAACAAGAAGAUAAUGAUAUGAUAAAGAAUUAGUCUAAUUAUACACACAACACAAGAGCAGAGACCCAAAAAGAUAGAUAGAGAGAGAGAUAGAGAGAGAGAGAGAGAUAGAACGAGCUACAGAAGUCUAUAUAAAAUCUAUAACUUCCAAACUCUCUCUCCUCCCAUUCUCCCCUUUUCUCUUAAUAUGUCUCUUUUUACUCUAAUGUGCGGUUUAUAUAUUUAAUUUUGUACGUUGUAUUUUAUUUCGUUCUUCAUUUCAAUUUUGUUUUACCAGAAACCUUUUUGUGUUUCAGCUUCAGUUUAAAAUUAUGAUUUUAUGCUAAACCUACUUGAAUUGUCACAGCAACAAUAACACAACACAGCUAUUUAGUUGAUAUUCUAGCUAUAUACGAUCUGUGCGUAUGUUACUGCAAACUCCUGUGAAUUCUAUCGAAUGAAUAUUUAUAUUUUGAUUAUUAUUAUUUAGUAUGGCCUAUUUUUUUUCGGUUUGUGUAUUUUGCUUUUUGUCUAAUUUCGCAACGAACAUGUUUACUCUUAUGAUUUUAUUUGAUUUCCGCACCAAACAAGUAAAAAAAACCCAAGAAAAAUUUUCUUUCAAUAAAAAGAAAUCUUGAUGAAAAUUUUAGCAUCAUUUUUAUUUGUUAUUUUUUGGUUUUGUUUGUUUUUAAAACUGUACGAUUUUCGAUUAACAACCACUUCUUUCCCGAAUCCUAUACUUGUUUCCCUCUCUGUCUAUCUUUCUCUCUCGCUCUCUCUCUAAUUUAAAAACCUUAAGUCCUCUGACAGUCACAUGAAGAAGAUGAAGGAAUCGAUCUAGUCAAGGCCCAUCUAACAAGAGGUGCCAUCGGAAUCCGUUGAUCUCAGCUAAAAAGACAUCCCCAGACAUUCCCAGUCGUGUUUGGUUUAGUCCUCGUAACUCCACGAUUUAAGGGGGUAUCCCCCGUGUAAAAACAGCCCAAAGAUAUGCAUUCCAGUUUUUGUUGCUUGGUGUAGACUCUGCCAGUUGCGAUAUUAUUUGUGUGCAAACAAGAAUACUUUUAAUUUGUGUAAUGCCAUUAUGUUUAGCGCUUAUGAUAAAUGAAUCUCAUAGUUUAGUUUAGCGGAGGAAGUACGGCCACCUCUCCCUUAAUUUAUAUAUUUGUGGGGAUAUAUUGCAACGAUUUCUGUGUAUGAUUUUGUCCUGCAUUUCUGUAUUGCUUAAUUCUGUGUAAUUUUUGUAAUUCUUAGAGCACAGUUUAUCUAUCAUUUCGAUGGGCAGAGAACUGGAGAUGCUUAGCGAUAGCAUUAACGAAACACAAAGGAUACCUUUACCAAUCAUUAACAAGUAUAUAAAUAUACCAUUCUAUAUAUUAUUAUGAUUAAAAUAAUGACGACGUCGAUGGCGAGAAAGAGGAAACUAUUUAAUUUAUUUUAUUAACAUAUUUAUAUCGAUUAAUUAAUUAAUAAUAUUUAUCACAUUUCAAAUGAUAUUUCAAAAUGGAAAACACUAAAAAAACGAAUACAAGCAAAUGAGAAAAAGAUAUUAAUAUUAUAAAUGUAUUUAAAAAUAUACGAUUAUGAGUUUUUCUUGCUUUUUGCAUAUAUAUGUAUUUCUCUCUAUAUAAUCCAUAUCAAACACACCAAACUUUUGUUUCAAGAUUAAGUUGGUUUAUUUUAGUUUAAGUUCAGACUAUUUUGGAUAUUCUUUCAAAGUUAGAAUUGAGUUCAAAUUUUAAAAUUGUCUUUUGUACACUAUAGGUUGGGUGUUCUUUGCGUCAUCAAUUUUAAAAAUAAUUUUUCAUCUCAGAAAGGUUUUGGUUGAUUUACGGUUCCUUUCUACCAACUAUAUUUUGUACAGUGUAUGUCAUACUAACACACACCCACUUACACACCCAAUUCCCUAAGUUUGUUGUGUGUUCUCUCUCGAAAAGAGUAUGCCCUUUGUUUGCUCUUAUGAUUUCGCUCAGAGUAUUUUCACGUACGCUUUUUUGCUCCCAGUGUAUUGAGCCAGCUGAGAAGGAAGAUAAAACUAUGAAGAUGAUGAUAUGGUAUUGCGUUAUAAGGAAGACGAACUGCUCCGAUUUUGGCAUUUAAGUUGUUCCCCUUUCGUUCCUUCCGUUGUGCAUAUGUGUGCAAGUAUACACAUGUAUUUAUAAAUAUAUUAGUAUUUAUUAAUGGAUAUGUAUAAGGGCAUACAUACACAUCUAUUACCGAUCGAUAUGUAGCCAAUUUUGGUUUCCGGAGUUCCGGUUUUAAGUUUGUUGUUGUCGUUGUUAUACAUAGUAUUGUACGUAUCCUCACUUACUAUUUUUGUUUCGUGUGAUUUUCGGUAAGUAAUCGGAGAAGAGCGCAUCGAUGAUCGGAAAAAGUCUAACGCCGAUCUCAACUAAUUUGGGCACACAUUUUUUCCUAAUAAACAUUUGGCAGCAAAACUGAUGAUUUCUCUAAAUGUUUUCUUUCUCGUUUUAUUGAUCUGUUUGUAGCAAAAUAAAAACUGUAAAGCUAACACAUGCAUAUCCUGCAGCAAAAAGUAUAAUAAUUUAUAAAGAAUUUUCUAAUUUAUUUCUUUCUCUUGAUUUAUUUCCAGGUGUGUGUUAUUGUUGUUCGUUCGAUUUUGAAUUGAAUUUAUGAAAAAAGAAACAACCAAAAACCAUUUUCAAACACAUUUCUUCAAGUUGAAUUUCAAUUAAAUUAAUUGAUUACUUGGUUAAAGCGAUAAUGAUUGUGUACAUAUUUGAUUGAUUAACACGUAAUAUUAACUGUACUUAUUUGAAGCAUAUACCACAGAUGUCCACAGAUCCCAGUCCUUUAUUCCAAAUCCCGGAACUCCCACCAAUCGAUGCACAUACAUGAUUUGUAUUCCACACACACGUACACAUACAGGAAUCACUUGCGUUUCGAAUUGUAUUUUCAAUAAGAAAAUCUAAGCGAGCAACAGAUUAUUUUGAAUUUCAAGGAAUUGGAAAUUAAAGGCUUUUUCUAGUAUAUAGAUUUAAUUUUUAACCAGCAAAGCACAAUCCACCGUCUUCACAAUCACUAUUUAUCAGUAUUUAGGGUAGUCAGACUAAUAUACAGCGAACUUUUAAAACCUUGCUAACGUUGAGUCAGCAUUUUUUUUUACAUAUACCCAGAUGCCUUUUAUCUUUUAAAACAUUAAACAUAAAAUAUGAUUGAUUGAUUGGUAUUAUUUAAAAGAUUUCAUAUUUUUCAAAUACAAUCGUAGUACGCGUGAAUGUAUUUAUCCUGUGUAAGAUAUAUUAUUUGGAGUUAUACUCGAUUGAGUAAGCAAAUUAAUAUAUUUCUUGAGUUAAUUAGGAAUCUCCGACUGAUGUAAAUAAAUCUGAUUUCGAUUUUCAUUCUUAUUUCGGUUUUCAUCUUGUGCCAGUCAUUCGUCCGUACAGUGUGAUAAUUUGUGAUCUGUCAUAUAUACAUGCUCGUAUAAGGAAUAUUUCUAGUAAUAAACCUUUGUUGUACAUUUUAAGUUCGAGUCAAGAAGAAUUUAAGUUUUAUCCCAAUGCCAAUAGGCCGAAGUGCAAAGGCUCCGACCACGCCAACCCCCCACCCCGUGGUCUUAUAUGUAAUGUCUAGUUAUAGAGCGCUAUAUAGAUACGAUUUUACAUCGUGAAAACGUAGAGCUGAAAUCUUUGUUUCAUUUCCGGGAUACCCCGCAACUUCCUUAUUUACAUUGUGAUCUCUGAUUUAAUCUUUCUUCAGUUGACAUUUUAAACACCCUUUCGACUGACUUUCCAAAACCGAAAGAAAAACCGAACUGCCCAAGGCAAAAAGCAAUGUGUAAAUUGAAUAAUCUAAAUAAAUAAGCAAAUUAAAGGUUGAUAGCAACUACACGCAAAGACUGAGGCAAGCACAAAAAAUAAAAAUGAAACCAGAGAAAAAUCGAAAAACAGAAGUCAAAGCAGAGUCAAUAAAGCGAAAUAAGUCAUAGUACGUUAAGGCAACUGUGAUAAGGCGAACAAACCCCCCGCCAAGAACCCCUCUUCAGCAAACCACCACCCAAAAACAAAAAAUAUAUAUAUUAAGUACAAUACAAUGGAAUAAAUGACACUAUGACCGAGAGACUUACUUGUCUAGCCGUAAGACGAUCUCUGAAAUAAUGUACUUUUUGCGCUGCGUUGUGUAUUGGUGUUUUCGGGUUAACUCACUCAAACAUGAUGUAGUUCUUAUACCAAGUUUGAUUUGAGGUAUUGAUUAAUAAUGUUUUUGCCCUCAUCUUUGACUGACGAGACAUUUUUUUGAAGAAAAUCGGACACAGACAUUCAAAUCCAGUGUAAAAAGCGCAUUAUUCGUACACUCACCAGUUGGGCGCGAUUUCCUGGAGGCCAGCGUGCUGCCAGGUGUUACGGAGCUGUUCCAACAGAAAGGAUACAGGCAUCCCAUGGAUGUUGCCCGACUGCGAGGUGCUAUGCAGAUUGAUGUCCGCAUGUGCGUCGAUCCACACCAGGGACAAAUUCGGCGUGUGUUGCAGGUGCCCGGCCACGGAUCCUGCAAUACGAUUCCGUUAUGGAUUCUAUCAUUGGACGUAAAAUCGAGAUUGGUCACUCACCGAAGCCGAUCGCAUGAUCACCACCAAUGGCUAAAAACUGCGUGUUCUCCACGAGCAUGAGUUUCACCUGUUCAAUCAGUGCCCGAUUGCAGGCCAUGAAGUCCGCGUAGUUUCGGAUGUGGUGAUAGUGCACACGCUGCUGCUGGAGAAGGGGCUCGUCUACGGCGUACUGCAGAUUUCCGUAGUCCCGUAUCACCAGGCCAUCUGGUCAAUAAAAACAAAUAUAUGAGAUCCAAACUGAAAGGGUUGUUUUAAUUACGAAGGAAAUAUUCUGCGAUUGACCAGUUGUUCCCUUCUAAUGCUUUUCUAGGCCAGCGAUUUUCAAAAUCCAACAAAACGUUUUCCGUAGCCGAACCCAUUUCAAAGUUCGAAAGCUGAAGGGAGGUAGCUGACUCACCAUGACUGCUCUGAAGCACCUGACGCAGACUGCUCUGCCGGAGAAGAUCUGGCGCCAGUUCCACGCCCUGCUUGGCCUGCCCCUUUGCGAAGGGCACUCCAAUGAUGCCUAGAGAUUGCUCAGGUUCCCUGGGCGCAGUGCUUCCGGUGCUCUUGAGCCGGUGGAGGCGGAGAGACCUUGAGGCAAAUUUACGGCUCCACCACAUUUUGCAUGUGAUCUAGGAUCUCUUAGAUUGGAUCUGCUCGCAAUGCUGUAAAAUCCACGACUGCGAGGCCGGGAAUGAAUGAGACAACAACGACGGCGACACAACGACAAUGAGCACGAAUGCCAACUAUCUAUUGGGUUCUGGACCCCCUGAUAAAGCUUGAGCGACAGUUCAGCUGGGAUCGGCGGACAUUGUAGUUGCUGUAUGAGUAAAGUGAGAGCCACUGGAUGGGCGAUAAGGCGGCUAUCGCCAGAUGACCUUGAUCCUGGCUCGGACG